CUUACCUAGUAUUUAGUGCAAACACCGCUUUACCCUUUUGAAUAUCUAUUGUGUAUAUUGUGAAAGCAUACUCAUCUCUUUUACGGAUUUGAUUUGCCUUUUUGUUUGACAUAAAGUACUUUUUUGAUAGUUUUUUAUUUUGAUUGAUCUAUUUCAAGUCUUAUUGUUAUCAUGGCCAACUCUACGAACGCCCCUAGUCAUCCUUCUUAUGCUGAUAUUGUAAAAGACAAUGCACUUCCACAGACGGAGGAAGAGAAGGCUGCUCCCCUUCCUCCUCAGGUCGAACCUGUUUUGAGCGAAGAGAAUCCUCAGAAAGACGAAAAGGUGGUUGUCUUGGAUGAGCAAGAAGCCGACUCUUAUUUGCACCCUGGCGUACCUGGUGAAGACACCGGAAAGAAGGAAACUCACGGUAAGAAGAAGGGAGGAAACAAGAAGCAAGAAGCUGAAAAGGAAUACAAAGGCCUUUGCGAAAAAGCUUCUGGACUUUUCCAUGGUGGUAAGGCUUCUGCUUUAGCUGCAAUUUCCCUCGAUGUUGCUGGUAUUGGUGCUCUUUCUGCUUAUUUGUUGAAUCGUCGUCAAACAGAGACUUUGACAAACCGUUCCUUGUAUACUUGUACCGCAUUAGCUGGAAUCUUGCUGGCCACUACUGCCAUUGUGUAUAAAAAGCCAAAGGUUUGUAAGAAAAAAACCAACUAAACCCGAUGACAGUAUUCAAUGAGAAAGAGGUAUAUUCGUGAUCCACCCCUGCUUUAUUUUACUUGAUUUCAUUAUGAACUUCACCUUAUAUACGGAUGCUUAUGAUUCCUGAAUUCUAAUACGUUUCUUAUUUAUCAAAUUCCUACAUAUGAGCUUUUCGAGCUCAUUUCUUUUUCCUGAAUAAUUUACGAUAUAAUUGCGAUUGGUGAUUUGCUUUUAGUUGUAUAGUUUUGCUUCAAAAAAAGUCCAUCUACAUUUGCCGUAAACCAACUUUUGCUCCCUUAGGCUAAAAAAAAGUAGAAGCAGGCUAAUCCCACCAAGUAUAUAUCGCCUUAUCCAACAAAAACAUCUUUCC